GGUCGAUGUGCGCAUGCGCGCGCCACAAGCGCUGGCCUCUACAGGCGCCGGGGUGGGAGGGAGAGGCGAGGUCCGUGUCCGCCAGAGCGCGCCGUUCUUUGUUCGCGCACCGUCGGUACCCGGGCAUCCGCGUGCGGGUGAGACGAACAGCCAGUCUGCUCGCCGUCGCUGUUCGGGCGUGUGUGCGUGUGGAGUGUGCUGUGCGUGUCAGUGCGUGCGGGAUACACACCGGUCGAUCUGGAGCUCAAGGACUGCACCACCGAGACGUUCAUAGACCUGCAGGCGGAUGACCCGGCAGUGACGGCCAUGGACGAGCUGCGCGGAGUGCAGGUGGUGCUGACUGGCGGCGCGCAUGCGCAGUGCGCCAGCUGCCACUGCAACCUGCGGUCCUCCAGCCCCACCAGCCAGGCCAGCCCCGGCCUCAACAACGGCUUCAUGUUCAGCAGCCCCAACCUGGCGGCAGGCGGACUGGGGCUGAGCGCGCUCGCCAAGAAGGUGCCCAACAAGAGCUGCACGCUGCCCUCCAUGGGGCUGAGCUCGGCGCAGCACCCCGCCGCCAGCUCCGUGCUCAAGAAGCCCAUCGAGUUGAGCCACCUGCCCAAGAGGCCGCCCGUCCACAUCCAAUUCGACAACCUCGCAUACUCCGUGUCCGAGGGCCGCAGGAGAGGCUACAAGACGAUACUGAAGUGCGUCAGUGGCAAGUUCAGGUCCGGCGAGCUGACGGCUAUCAUGGGGCCGUCGGGCGCCGGCAAGAGCACGCUGAUGAACAUCCUGGCUGGCUACAGGACGAGCAACCUGACGGGCUCGGUGCUGAUCAACAACAAGGAGCGCAAGCUGCGACGCUUCAGGAAGAUGUCGUGCUACAUCAUGCAGGACGACCAGCUGCUGCCGCACCUCAGCGUGCUGGAGGCCAUGACCAUCUCCGCCAACCUCAAGCUGGGCAAGGAGACGAGCGCCAGUGCCAAGCGCAUCGUGGUGGAGGAGAUCCUGGAUACGCUGGGGCUGGUGGAGUGCUGCGACACGCGCACCGCCAGGCUGUCGGGCGGUCAGCGCAAGAGGCUGUCCAUCGCGCUGGAGCUCGUCAACAACCCGCCGGUCAUGUUCUUCGACGAGCCGACCAGUGGCCUGGACAGCUCGUCCUGCUUCCAGUGCCUCUCGCUGCUGAAGUCGCUUGCCCGAGGUGGACGCACCAUCAUCUGCACCAUCCACCAGCCCAGCGCACGGCUGUUCGAGAUGUUCGACCACCUGUACAUGCUGGCGGAGGGCCAGUGUGUGUACAGGGGCUCCAUACCAGGGCUCAUACCUUUUCUCUCCUCCAUGGGCUUCGAGUGUCCCGGCUACCACAACCCGGCCGAUUACGUGAUGGAGGUAGUGUGUGGUGAGCACGGCGAUUGUGUGCCCAAGCUGGUAAUGGCUGUCAACAAUGGCAAGUGCAACAACCUCACACAGCCUCCGCUGCUGGACACUCCUGCCACGCCCUGUGUCACCAAUGACAUCUCCAAGGACACUCCUAACAACAUGCUGGGCAAUGGUGUGGGGAAGCACGGCCCGCCCGCGGCACCCGGCCUCAGUGUGACGUCUGCGCUGCUGGACUCGGACGAGAGCCUCAACAACGGCAAGCACCGCACAGGCUUCCCCACCUCCGGCUCGCUGCAGUUCUACAUCCUCCUGAAGAGGACCUUCCUGUCCACCUUCAGGGACCAGACGCUGACGCAGAUGAGGCUGUUCUCGCACGUGGUAGUGGGGUUCCUCAUAGGCAUGAUCUACUACGGCAUCGGCAACGACGCCUCCAAGGUCACCUCCAACUCUGGUUGCAUCUUCUUCACCAUGCUGUUCCUCAUGUUCACCGCCAUGAUGCCCACCAUCCUCACCUUUCCUGUUGAGAUGUCUGUGUUUGUGAGGGAGCACCUCAACUACUGGUACUCUUUGAAAUCCUUCUACUUUGCCAAAACUCUGGCAGAUAUACCAUUCCAGAUACUGUUCUCCAUUAUCUACGUCUCUAUCGUGUACUUCAUGACGUCACAGCCGCUGGAGGCUUGGAGGUUCUUCAUGCUGCUCACGAUGUGUAUUCUGACGUCACUUGUCGCACAGAGCGUGGGGCUGCUCAUAGGAGCCGCCAUGAAUGUGGAGAAUGGCGUAUUCUUUGGCCCCGUCUCUUCGGUACCCAUUUUAUUGUUCUCUGGGUUCUUUGUGACGUUUGGUGCCAUCCCCUCAUACCUGAGCUGGGUACCAUACAUCUCCUACAUCAGAUACGGGUUCGAGGGUGCUAUGGUGUCGAUAUAUGGCAUGGGCCGCGGGCGGCUCAAGUGCUCUCAGAUGUAUUGCCACUUCAAGAACCCUGUCACAUUUCUGGAGGAGCUCCACAUGGCCGACAGCAGGUACUGGGUGGAUGUGGUGGCGCUUAUAGGAUUCUUCUUGCUGCUGAGAAUAUUGGCGUAUGUUGUUCUGAGACUGAAGCUGUUGCUCGCCAAGUAGGCUCCAUUGCGCACUUCUUGCCUUCUCGGUGCUGGGCACCAAGUACACAGCGACUGCUGCAGGGAACAUCUCCAGGCGCGACGCACUUUGAGCGUGCGCCUCGAAAUAGAUACCACUUUUGUUGCGGCACUUGAAUGGUUACUGAAGUCUAAAGUUUAAAAUGAAUACAACUUUGGUCUGGAUAAAUCUCAGCUUGUUCCUUCAGUGAUCUGUACAUGCUUAGAGACAACUACUCUGUUUAGUUUGUAUGGCAUCAUUCUACAGAUUCCAAAUGUUCGGUUCUGCUUAUGUCUCGUUUUUCUGUGUUGUUGAUGUUUAAUUUAUACGUAUCCUAAUAGAAUAUUGUAAUAUUGUAAUUCUGUAUUUGGCUGGUAGCAAUGGUGAACAUGCGCAGAUGUUUUUUUCAUUAUUUCAUUAGUUUCUAAUUGUUUUUUAGUCACAAGUAAUUUACUCUUAAUUUUCUUCACCCAUAAACAGGUAUUUUUAUCUUAAUAAAUGCUUCAGUCUCGGAAACCGGCUAAAAGCCACUUCAUUAUGGCUACCUUUGAUGUCUUUUUGCGAAACUGUGCUCCACUUUCUACCAUCCGCAAGGUACGCAUGCACAAAUAUCUCAAUAUUCUUGUUCUCUUGGCACUGCACCAAAAGCUGUAACUUCAAUAUUUUGAUUAAAUUCCAAUUGUAUCCCAUGCAUUUUGAGAACCUCUUUGUUUUUGACUGGAAAUUAGAAGGUUAUUAGGUGGCGAUUGAUUGCAACUGAGGAUGUUACAACUGCAAACAUUUAUUUGUAAGACGUAAUUUUAUUUACACUGUUUGCUUCUAUUUUCAAACACACUUUACCAUCAAAACAAAUCAUAACGACACUAGAAAUUUUGUACAAGGCCUAGGUUUACGAGUGAACCAAAAUACAUGUUAGUCGUAGGCCUACUGGGUUGGUUUUGUUGAAAGUGGUAAUAUUUUGGAGAGUACAUGUAGGCCUAACUUAUAUAGAUACCAAGUUACUUGAUCUUCACUGGCUUUCACCAUGUGCUUGAGUGUCAGCCGUAUCGGGCCUUAUCUGGUAUGUAUGCCUACCUCAGUAUCUGCCAGAUUAUACUGUGGUGGGCCAGCAUGAUGAAUAGCUAUUUAAAUGAUUAAGUCGUUAUUAUGUACUGUUUUAUGAAUUGCUGUUAAGCAACUCCUUUUAUUGAUACCAUCUAAGACACUUAACAAAUCACACACAACCCAUACAUUCCACCAUCGUACCACCCACCGGCCCAGUUUGGCUACUCCUUGCAGAACAAGAACAACAAAAAGCUUUUAGAACCUCAAGAUUAAAUAAUCCACAGGCUUUAUCUAGCAAGAAAUUUGCUUGUAGUUUUCAACACAACAGAAAUUUUCAAAGGCACUAUGGUCUUAAAUAUUAAAACAGUCUAACUUUUCCACCUCUCCUACAUGCACACAGAUUAUGACAUUGCUAUAUGUAAUACGAACUUGAAAGCAGCCAGUUUCGCUUUGUACCGUCAAAGUCAUCACAAAGAAUUUUCUGACUAUGUAUUUACAAACGUUGAAGUAUCCAACAUUUUUGACAAGCAAUUUUUAUGUUUGUAGGUCUAUUUUAGUUUUCUGCCUCAUUUUUUAAUGUAGCCCUAGUCCUAAACAUUGAUUACUAUAUUUAAUUAAAUACCCUACAAAUGCAUGUUUCCCUUAGGAAUGCCAUGCUUUUAUUGUAGGGCAUUUGUGUAACAUAAAACAUUUGUGAUGGUUUACAAAUUGUAUUUGUUGAGUAUAUGUACUCAAUUUACUUUGGUCAAGACAUUUAUUUAAGUGUGUAUCAGAAGCAAAUAAUUGCAUAAUAUUUUUAUUUAGUAUGUUGAAAUUUUAAAAACUGUGGGUUACAAAAAAUUAUGGUUAUCUCAUUUUGUAAGGUUUUUAGUAACAUGUUUUUGUAUUAAAUGCAAGAAUGAUGAAUUACAUGAUAUUCUGCAGAUACCUACGUAUUAAUUGGUCUCCUGAACUCACCACAGUGUAUAUGAGACAUCAGUUGAGGAAAACGUCUCAUGACUGUCAAAAAAACUGUGUCUGGUAUAUUGGGAAAUGUACAUAAUAAAUUAGUUCUUUAUGAAAAAAUGUAAUCACUUUUAUUAUGCCAGGGAGUAUUUACAAUUUUGUGCUAUGUAAAGUUUGUGAGUAAACUAAAUUAAUCUUUUUACUAUUUUUAGAAUUAAACUUAAAGUAAGGAUACCUACAUGUGUUAUGGGUGGCUAGUAAUGUACAGUUUACAGUUUAACUACAAACCAUACACCAAUAAAAGCCAAUCUUUAAUUUAAAUUAAUAUAAUUAUAGUUAACUUAAGACAAAAAAUUUUACAUGACAAUCAGCUUAUUCUGUUCAGUGUGAAAAAAUACUCUGACCUACCUUGCUGCUCAUAAAAUUUUUAUACAAUCAUUUUAAAGAAAUAUUAAAGUAUAAAUUUUAACAAUUUAAAUAAUAUAAUUUUUAGCCUUUGGAAUAUUAUAUAUUUGACUGCCUCUAAUGAUCUUUUCAUGAAGACAUGAAGCUCCAAUAAAAAAAAUUAAAAAUAAUGAUUAUAUAGAUAAAUAUUCCCAGCCAUUGUAUAUUUAUGUUGAAUUUGGCAAUUGGAACAAGUCACUGUGUUGAGCGCUCACUAGAGACGAAUCAUCGCAUGAUGGAUUCCCGCCCACUUGGAACAAGAAGUGUGGCCAUGCAAGGAACAGCAUCCUGUAACUCCUGCUGAAAACUAGACAAGAAAAUACUGAGUAUGUAACGAGGCUACCCUAGACCGUCCUAAGGUUUGGCCCUCAGUUCAAAAUGACGUGCCAAACUGAGACGGUUCCGCCGGUUCUAGCUUCUUCCCGCACACCUAAAAUUUGGUCAAGUGUACACGCGUAGAAAGUUGUGAGAAAAUGUUAUCAUUUGAUGAACUGCAAGUGUACCCAAAAUACCAGCAUAAUCACUUAUGAAUAAAUAAAGAAACUGUUUACUUACAGCUUUUAAAGAUGGUCUCUAUUCAAAUCCUAAAAAAUUAUUCUUAUAUGAUUGAAACAAUCACACCCAAUAAAGAACUGAUCUGCUAAAAAAUUAUUUAAAUAAUGUAUGCGAUAGAAGAAUUAAAUAGCAAGUAGAACACAGUUUUUAAUUGGUGUAAAACGUAAAGAAGACUCUCGCCGGCAAAUAGGCUGUCCCCACUCAGGCCAUCCCAUACAGGUCAGUUCUACCUGAGAUGUGCCAUUGAGGGAACUCCCACAGUCAAACUGUCUCUACCAUCUGCUCUCUGGCCGCCCCAUACAUGUCUGUUCCGCCUGAGAUGUGCCAUUGAGGGAACUCCCACAGUCAAACUGUCUCUACCAUCUGCUCUCUGGCCGCCCCAUACAUGUCUGUUCCGCCUGAGAUGUGCCAUUGAGGGAACUCCCACAGUCAAACUGUCUCUACCAUCUGCUCUCUGGCCGCCCCAUACAUGUCUGUUCCGCCUGAGAUGUGCCAUUGAGGGAACUCCCACAGUCAAACUGUCUCUACCAUCUGCUCUCUGGCCGCCCCAUACAUGUCUGUUCCGCCUGAGAUGUGCCAUUGAGGGAACUCCCACAGUCAAACUGUCUCUACCAUCUGCUCUCUGGCCGCCCCAUACAUGUCUGUUCCGCCUGAGAUGUGCCACUGAGGGAACUCCCACAGUCAAACUGUCUCUACCAUCUGCUCUCUGGCCGCCCCAUACAUGUCUGUUCCGCCUGAGAUGUGCCAUUGAGGGAACUCCCACAGUCAAACUGUCUCUACCAUCUGCUCUCUGGCCGCCCCAUACAUGUCUGUUCCGCCUGAGAUGUGCCACUGAGGGAACUCCCACAGUCAAACUGUCCCUACCAUCUGCUCUCCGGCCGCCCAUACAUGUCUGUUCCGCCUGAGAUGUGCCAUUGAGGGAACUCCCACAGUCAAACUGUCUCUACCAUCUGCUCUCCGGCCACCCCAUACAUGUCAAUUGUCUGUUCAAGCUGAUUGAAAGGCCGAACUAUGCGUGUAUGGGGCCCCUAAGACGUACAAAAUAUAUCUACCACUAAUGGCAAGGAGGCGCCACCAAUUGUCUCCAUUCUUCUUCAGUGUGGCAGUUUAUGUGCCAGUUUAAGUUAACAUACAUUUUUUUGACAACAUUUUCUCAUUUUUUGCCUUGCUUGGGUGCUCACCCUUAUAGUUGGAUACAUUUUGGUUUCCAAAUUUUUGGCUGCAUGAAAGUGUGCCACAAUAAGAUGGUUAGAUGUUAGAUGACCAAUAAUGAAAACCUUCCGAAUGUUUUUGAAUUGAAGGAGCCAUAUAUUGACUGUUUGAAUGUCCUCCUAGGUACGAAUAUCUUAUAUUAAGUAUUGUUUUGAAAGCAAGCUUAAAAUGUCUAAUGUUAUGAAUAUGAGAGUGGUUAAGUGUGAUUAGGACUCGUGCACACUGAUUUUGGUACAUACAUUAAUUCAUUUAAUUUUUUUAGCUUAUUACUAUAAUUUUAGAACCACUUUAGAUUUACUCAUACCUUAAUAAGUUAAUUUACAUUUUGGUUGUUUUGUAAACUUUUUGUAAUAUUAAUAAAAUAUUUAAGAAUAUAUUUGGCCAUGUAGGUUGAAUAAUAAAUGUUAACCAACAGCAUUGCAUCAGCAUUGUAAUUUCUAAAAUGGCUUUUAUUGUGAUUUGCAAGUUUUCUGUUUUAAUUCUGUGCAAUGAAACAAUAUGGCAUACAUUUAAAUGACUAAACAGUCAACUGGUUUCAAUUGUCAUACUGUUAAAUGAUAAAUUUAUGUGUAUAAUGAAAAGGUGUCAUUUUAUUUCCAAGUAAUGCACAGAUUAUGUCAUAUGAUUGUUACACAAUAAUAAUUUACAAUAAUAAAAUAAAAAUAUGGCACCUCACACAUAUUCCAACAAUAAGUUUAAUUUUUGUAGUGACAUGAACUGAAAACUUAAGAAAUGAUUGUGGAUGUCUUUAAUUUUAGAGAAUUGUCUACUUUCUUAUGACCAAUCUUUUUUUUCAUAAGUUACAUAAUUUCCAUGCUCUAGAGAUCUUUGAAAUUUCUUUGUGCUAUGGGCUUAUGUAAACUUUAGUGAUAAAAUCUACAUAAACAUCUUUUCAAAUAUUGGCAAAAAAAACACAAUUCAGUGGUUUAAAUAAAGUUAUACUAUAAUUUUGGAAUUUAAAUACUAUUUUAGUUAUCAAAACCGCAGUAAAAUCUGUAACAUGGAACAGGUUUUUUUUUCAUACUAAUAUUUCUUAAAAAAAAUUGUUCAACAUUUUCAUAUAAAGCCACUUAACACCCUCUCAAUAAAUAUUAAAUCUGUGCUUUACAAGACCAAUGUAACUUUGACUUGUACGUGAACUCAGCAAACUAUCCACAAUUUAGAAUUAUUCUCAGCAUUGCUCCCCUUGAUUAGUGAAAACAGUCAGGUGUUUGCUGCAAAUAUCAAUUUUAAAUGAUUUCAUCCAAAUACCUACGUAUAUGUUGGUUAAUUUAUUUGAAGUUUGAGUAAUAUGGCGAUUCAUUAUUUCGUUUUAAGAAACUAACAGAAAAUUAAUCCGUUUCAGCCAUUCUUUAUAAUGUGAUUUUAUACUGUUGCUGAAUUAAACAAGCUGGCAGCAUUAUAUAACAUCUCAUCUUAUUAGUUGGUGACUAAAGUCAAACAUUUCUUAGGUAUUUCAAUUUUAAAUAUAUUUUUCAUAUUCUGAAUUAAGUUGAUGUAUCUGAGCAGCUAUUGUUUGAUUACACUUGUGUAUUAGUUGUUUCCUUAGACGAGAACUUUGUGUUGCAAAAUGUUUGUCCUUGCUUGUGUCCUCUACAGUUCACUGCACGUAUCGUGACAUUGCAGGAGUAUGUGCUUUUUAAUAUAAUUGAAUAAAAUAUAUUUUUCAUGCUAUUUGCUGAGUAUGAGUUGCUAUUGAUAGGUACUGCACUGUACUUUGCCGACUGUACCCAACAACAAUGGGUAGAAUCGGGACCGAGUCGAGAUUAAUUAAACCAAACUGAGUUGAGUUAUUAGGGAUGGAACUGGAUUGGCAAUUGAGUCAUUGUUCAAGACUCACUCUUUAGUUCAAGUUGUGUUGUUUUGUCAUAGAGGUGAAUUCUGUUAACUGUACUGUGCAGUUUAAAAGAAGAACUUGCUUGGAGUCUAAAAAAUGUGGCAAAGAAUUGCAUACACAGAUAGUGUUAAGUUUCUAUAGCUGCCUGAAUAAAGAUGCAAUCACUGCUCACAAAAACUUAGGUCACCAUAACACUUGCUGCAGGUUUCGAACUGACCUAACAACUCAUAUGCACAUUUUUGAUAUUGAGGACAGAAUAUAUUUACAUUGUUAUUUUGCUUAACAGUAGUACAAAGCUAAGCAUAUGUGUCUCUGAACACAUGUAUGUAUUUCUGUGGCUAUAGAUAUUUUCUAUCAUGUUGUUUCAGUACCUAAAUGUUCCUUAUUGCAUAUCCAGUUUAUAUCAAAGUUUUAAAUUUAUAUUUUCAGAAUCAAUUUAAUUUGGUAAUAGCACAGUUUCGCAUCACAAAUACAUUUAACUGCUGCUUUAUUUUAAUAUUUCAUGUUAAAAUACAAUUGGAUACAUUUGACGGAACAAUUUCUUCCGGGAAAAAUGUUCAUUAUCGUAUAUCCAGUUUAUAUCAAAGCUUUAUAAUGCGUAUCUUCAAAAUCAAAAUACUAUUUUGUCAACUGUACAGUUUCAAAUCACUAACACAUUCAAUUGCUUACUUUAUUUUUAUAUUUUACAUAAAAAUACAAUUGGAUAUGUUACACAGAACCAUUGCUUCUGGGAACAAUAUUCCUCAAAGUUUUAUACAUAUUUUUAUAUUAAACAUAUUUUGAUAUUUCUACAGUUUUGCAUCACAAAAACAACCCAUUACUUCCAUUAUUUUAAUAUUUUAUUUAAAAAAUACAGCUGUAUAUGCAAUAAGGAACAAUUACUGAUGUAUCUUUCAUUGCAUGUGAAGGUUAUAAUAAUUUAAUCCAUUUUUCUUUGCCUCGCCUAGCCUAACAAAACAGCUAUUAAUGUAGCCGGAUCUAAUAAUUUUUGUUCAUGGCUUAGAGCAAUGUUACAGGGUGAGCCUUUAACAGUAAGACAGGUGUUUCAUAUAAUUAGGUAAAUAAUUUUAUGAUAAAGAAAACAUUUUCUAACAUCACCUAAUUGUUAUAAUCGACCACAACUGAAUGUAGCAAAUAUGUAGUUGUGUUUUCAAAAGUAACAUAACUACAUAAAUUAUUAAGUUGAACACUUUGAAAAUAAUUAAAACACACUAUUUAUAUCAUUUUUAUUUCAUACAAAAAAGUUGUUUACAAAUUUUCAAAGAAAAACUAUGGACAGUGCAUUAAAUAUUUCUGCCCUUAAUGGCUCUAUUUUUUAAUGUAAAUUAUAUUUUAAUAUGUAAUUAUGUAAUAAGACAUUUAUCUGACUUACGUAAAUAUUACAAUGACAUAAAGUCACUUGAAGGAACCUGUCUCUCACUGGGACUUGUCGUUACACAAAACUCAACUCAACUUGAUUCCAUAGCAAAAAAAUCUCGACUAGUCUCUCUCUAAAGUCAAGAGUGGUGUUUUUCAGUGAUAAAACUGCAAUUACUCUGGACUUGUCAUGUUAAAUAAAGUGUUCUGCAAUCUACCACAUAUUUCUUAUUGAAAUUCCUACAACAGACAUCCAUGUGGAACUGUUAAAUUUUUGAAUGUGUGUAACAGGCUUAUGUUACCAUAUUGUUAUUGCCGGUUUCUCCAGAAAACCUACGAGAUCCACUGCAAUAACUGUAUGAGCGAUUUUUAAAAUAAUAUUAUUCAAAAAGUUCAACUGUUUGUAUGUUUAAAAUGCAGCACCAGAUUGAACACAGAGUAGUGACCACAUGUCUCACGAGUUGCUGUAGUUAAGUCUUUUAACUUCAUGGUAUAGCAGGUUGGAUUUUGACUUUAUUGUGUGGUGCUAUAGCUGUCUGCUCCAAGUGUGGUCCUGUGGGACAUGAUACAUUCGUUGGCCACUCACAGCAAUACCUGGUCAUUCAACAGUAGUCUGUAGCUUGAACUUCUGCCUUAUAUCUCUGUAUCACAUUGUAUUAUCAUUUGUAUUAUUAAAGUGUAAUUAAUAUUCUCUACUUAAAUUAUUAUAGUCUUUCGUAAUAAAUUUCUUAUAAACACAUACA